GCUUAGAUCUGUGUUUGGUUGUGGGGAUACUAGGCGGUGUAACAUCCCCACUGAUCCUCAAGGAGCUAAGUAGAAAUUAAGGUGAGGUAACUUAUCUGGCAAGUUAAAUAACAGAAUCAGUUUUAUAGGAAUCCAGAGAAGGGAGUCUCUGAAGACUGGGUGUGGCAAGAGAGAUUUCCUAAAAGAAUCAGGGCCCCUCGUGGGCCCAAAGAAUCAGUUCUGUUCAUAGAAAGCAGAGGGAUCUGUGUUUUGUCAUAAAUGAACCCUGUAGAGAAAUCUCAGUGGGUUAUUGAUAGCAAAAGAGGGUUAGGAAGGAAGAAGAUUGGAUUCAGACCUUAAAAAUGGCCAACACUUCCAUAGUCCUCACUGGGAGCUGGGCCUAUUGUAAACCCUUUACAUGUAUUAGCUCUGCUAUUUAUACAGUUAGGUUCUGCUGUUCUCAGAUAGGGAAGGCUCAGGGAGAAGUGACUUGUCCCAGGACACACAGCUAGGAAGGAGCAGGCCAAGGUUCAAACCCAGGUACCUGGCGCCAGAGCCUGUGCAUUAUUAAUCACUGAGAAACACUGCCCUUGUGUGUGAACAUGCAAGGCUUCAGAUCUAUGGUCCAGAACUCAUCAUGUCCCACUUUCUUUUGGCUUCUGUGACAACUACAUUUAUGUAAGUCUUCUUACAUUCAUUCUUUCCAUAAAUUUUUAUUUUUAUUUUGUUGAGUGCCUACUACCUGUGAGGCAUUAUUCUAGAGUGGGGUAAAUAAGAUAGAUGAAGCCACUAUUGUGUUUAUAUUGGGGCUUGUAUUCUAGAACACCUAUAUCCAAUGGAACUUUCUGAGAUAAUGGAAGCAUUCAGUUGUCUGUGUUGUCCUGUAUAGUAGCUAGCAGACACAUAUAGCCCUUGUGGCUAGUGUGACUGAGGAACUUUUUUUUUUAAGUUUAUUUUUAGAGAGACAGAGACAAUGUGAGUGGAGGCGGGGCAGAGAGAGACGGAGAUAGAGAAUCCCAAGCAGGCUCUGUGCUGCUAGUGCAGAGCUCGACAUGGGGCUUGAACCCACUAAACCACAAGACCAUGACCUGAGCUGAAACCAAGAGUUGGACGAUUAAUAAACUGAGCCAUUCAGGUGUCCCCUGAGGAACUUAUUUUUUUAAUCUAAUUUAGUUUAAAUUUAAAUAGCCACACAUGUGGCUAAUGGCCACCAUAUUGGAUAGUGCAGUUCUAGAGUGAGUGAGGCAGGGUGUGUGUGUGUGUGUGUGUGUGUGUGUGUGUAGGAAGGGGAAAUGACAGAUAAUAAACACAUUAACAAAAAGGAAUAAGGUCAUUUCACAAAGUAUUAAUUGCUUUGAAAGAAAUGAUUCAGAGACUACAGACUGCUGGGAAGGGGGCCUACUAUUCUAGGUCAAAUGAUCCAUUAGGGACUCCCUGAGGAUGUGGUAACAUAGGAGCUGAGAACUGAAUAAAAAGGAGGAAGCAGCCAUGUGAAAAUCUGGGAGAAGGACAUUCCAGACAGAGGAAACAACCCAAGCAAGGACCACAGGACAUAAGUGAGCUUGGCACCUGCAGGAGAUGGGUAGAAAGCUAGAGACUGGAGAACACAGGAGAGAGGCAGGAGGGUCACCUUCCUCCAAGGGCCAUUCAGAUCAUGCAGAAGCUGCCUUCCUGGAGGACAGAGCCUGAGAUCCAGGCCCUCUAUAACCUCCUGCAGGUUCUGAACAGCUACCGCAACUACUCAGAGCCCCUGCAGCUGCUCCUGGCCAGAGUCAUGCGCUUUGAACGGUUUGGUCGCAGACGUGUGAUGGUCAAGAAGGGGCAGAGGGGCAACAGCUUUUAUUUCAUCUACAUGGGCACAGUCGCAGUGACUGAGGAUGAGGAUGGCAGCAGUGCCUUCCUGGACCCCCACCCAACGUUGUUGCACAAGGGCGACUGUUUUGGGGAAUUGGGCCUUAUGAGUCCUUCAGUAAGGAGGGCCACCGUGGUCUGUAUGGAAGAAACAGAGUUCCUGGUUGUCGACAGAGAAGAUUUCUUUGCUAAUAAGCUGGAUCAGGAAUUCCAAAAGGAUGCUCAGCAUCGGUUUGAAUUUUUUAGGAAGAUGGAUCUGUUUGAGUCGUGGUCUGAUGAAAAGCUCUGGAAGCUUGUAACCCUGGGGAAGGUGGAGAAGUUCUCGUAUGGCCAGCUGGUCUUAAAAGACUUCAUAGAAUCACCCUCCAUCAUGUUUGUCUGCAAGGGCAGCUGUGAAGUCCUGCGUCUGAUAGACCUUGGGACCUCGCCUUUCUACUACAAGUGGAUCUGGCAGCAUCUGGAGCUGAUAGACGACACAUCUCUGAAGACCCACCUCAAUGAACCUUCUCCUGUGGAGAGAUUUAAGGAAUUCCAGAUAAAAUCAUAUCCUGUACAGGACUUUAGUACUCUGAAACUUAAGCACCUCCAGAAAGCCUGGGAGCAACAGGGGUCCAGCUUCAGUAGGAGGAUUAAAACCUCAGGAAAUACUCUUCCAAAGACCUUGGGCCCGAAGAUCAAAUCUAGGCAUCCACAUUCCCUCGAAUGUCCCAUGAUCAAUACUGAGUAUGGUGAACUCCCUGAGGAGGCUGCAGUGGGCGCCUACAUCAAGAUCCACACUGUAGAGGAAGGAGAAACUGUGGGCCUUCACCAGAUCCUCCUCCCGGAGAACCAGCGUGACAUGCGGCCCCUGGUCCUUGUGAGCCUGGGAGCCGAGGUGAUACGGAUAAGGAGAGAAAAAUUUUGGGAACUGAUUGACAGCGAGGUAAAAGAGAAGUUGUACAGAUUCCAGAUCAAGUACCCCAGUGAUGAAGAUAUGUGCCAGAAGUUCCUCCAGGAGAACAGCUGGAAUAUCUUUCGGAAGGACCUGAUGCGGCUGCUGCUGAAGCCUCGCCAGCGUCCAUCAUUCAUUCCAAUCCGGCCCAAGAAGAAAGGGAUCUACAACCCCAAGAGUUUGGUGCUGGAUUUGUGUAGCCUCGACAAGGAGACUAAACCUUGUUAUCCCAUUUUUAUGGCACCCCAGAAAUACCUCCCCCCAUUGAGGAUUGUCCAAGCCAUCACAGCCCCCCGGUACAAAAUCCAAGAACUCCUGCCUCAGUAUAAGAAUGCAGGAGUCCUUGUUUAGACCCAAUAAAAGAUGGGUUGGUCACCA